AUGUCAACCACCGAAAAGUCCAGCAACCGCCACAGACUUCCUCUGUACCAGCUAGUGCUGUCGCAAGAUACCAUCACCGACGAAGUUCUCCACUAUCAAUGGGAGGGCAGUGGCACAGAAGAAGAUCCUUACUUGGUUGACUGGCUUGCUGAAGAUUAUCGUGAUCCGCAUCAGAUGCAAGACUGGCUCAAGUGGUCAAUCACACUACUCCAAGCUGCCUCCUUCUUGUCCAUCACAUUCGCCUCGUCCGCUCUUUCAGCAGCCAACCCCCAAAUACAGAAGGAGUUCGGAGUUAGCGCUGAGCUAGUGGUUGCCGAUACCUCACUAUUUGUUCUUGCUUUCGCGAUCGGGCCUGCAAUCUGGGCUCCGCUAUCCGAGCUUUUCGGCCGUCAAAUGAUCUACUUCAUUACCUACGGUCUAACUACACUGUUUGCUGGAGCAACCAUUGCAAGCCGAAAUAUCGCCACAUUGCUUGUCCUUCGAUUCUUUUCUGGUGCAUUUGGCUCGUCCGCAAUUUCAAAUGCCGGUGGUGUGGUUUCAGACAUGUAUAAAGCCCGGGACAGGGGACUAGCAACCAUCGCGUUCAUUGGUGCCCCUUUCUUGGGCCCGAGCCUUGGGCCUAUAACUUGUGACGUUUUGGCUGUGUCUCAGGGCUGGAGAUGGGUGCAGGGUCUUACCACUAUUUUCAAUGCAGUGGUGUUCCUGGUUGGUAUUGCCUGUAUUCCUGAGACCUAUACUCCGGUUUUGUUACAGAAGCGCGCCGCAAAGCUCAGCAAAAUGACCGGUGCUGUCUACAGGAGCCAUCUGGCUAUGGGUGACUCUAACCGAACAGCUGGUCAGAUCUUUGCUAAGACUAUGGUUCGACCGUGGAUCUUGCUCUUCAUGGAGCCGAUCGUCCUGCUGCUGUCUAUUUACAUGGCAAUCAUUUACGGAACCAUGUACAUGGAAUUUGCCGCCUUCCCCAUCGUCUUCGAAGAUACCCUCAAAUGGCCACAGAACACCUCAGGUCUGUCAUUCCUAGGAAUGAUGAUCGGGCAGAUCCUUGGCUGUACCUAUUCAGUCCUUGAUGACAACCGUUACAAAAAGGUUGCCGAUCGCACUCCCUAUGGUCGUCCUCCCCCGGAAACUCGAUUGAUCCCAGCUAUGGUUGGCGCAGUCACCCUUCCAAUCGGACUCUUCUGGUUUGCAUGGACCAACUUCCCUAAUAUCCAUUGGAUUGUAUGCGAGAUAGGAUCUCUUCUCUUUGGUUUCUCUCACGUAUCGAUCUUUUUAAGUGUUGUGAACUAUCUGGUCGAUGGCUAUACUAUUUACGCCGCAUCCGCACUGGCAGGUAACGCUGUUAUCCGUGCACUUUUCGGUGCAGCAUUCCCUCUCUUUACCACUCCAAUGUAUCAGAAUCUUGGAAUCCAUUGGGCUUCCUCUAUCUCGGCCUUCCUUGCCAUUGCCUGCUUGCCAUUCCCAUGGAUCUUUUAUAAGUACGGACCGGCUAUCCGCCGACACUGCCAAUAUGCUGCUGAAUGGUACGAAAGUCAUCCUCAAGUGGAGUUUCCUAACUCAAAUAACUCGGUACAUAUUGGUCUUUGCGUCGGCCAAUUGUCGGCGUCAGCAGUCGGCCUUUCUACAAGUGUGCUGGAGCUUGUCUCCCUUGGAGUAGAAGUCUUUAGACUUGCUAUUCGACUUGGGUCACUGGUCUUCACCACUGCGGGUGACUUGGAGGAUGACAAUGACCAAGCUCCUUGGUCAUUUUCCGUGGACAAUGAAUUUAUAGAACGCUCAGAGUUGGCCUCUUUCAUUGGGGCACUGCGGCUUUCAUCUCGGAAAACCGCAUUCAUAACCGCUGAGUUUGAGCGAACCUUGACGGUGCAAGGACCUCCUUCAACAUUAGCUAGUUUGAAAAACAUCCUCCUCGAAAAGUUUGGUCCCGAAAAUCCGAGUCGUGCUGGAAGGCCACUCUCUCUCUUCGCUCCCUACCAUGCUCCACAUCUAUACAAAUCUAAAGAUGUAAUUGGCUCGAUUGAGAGUUUGAGCGCAGAGAUCUCAAAACCGAAACAGGAUAAGUCUCGGUCCAAUAUUCUGUCGGGUUCCAAUGGUGAGACAUAUAGCGAGGGCACUCACAAGCAGGUGCUGGGCCGGGCAGUGGAAGACAUUCUUAUUUAUCCAAUCGCAUGGAAGGCACUCUGUCAGGGGGCUGCAAACUCAAUAUCGAAGAACGAUCCGUCAUGCUGGGAGAUUCAAUGUUUUGGUCCAGUGCAUAACCAAAAAGCACUUGCAAACAACUUGAGCACCAAAACUGGUCUCAGUAUUACAUUGAGUGAUGCCUCCUCUCGCCAGGGUGGAGGCACAGAAGGACAACCACUGAACCGACCUUUGGCUGUUGUUGGAAUGGCAGGUCGAUUUCCCAAUUCCGAAAAUCUUGAUGAGCUCUGGAAAAUACUAUCGGAAGGUAUUGACUGUUGCAAGGUGAUCCCGAGUGAUAGAUUUGACCCGGCCAAAUAUGUCUCCAAGGAUGACAGAGACAAGAACAAGAGCACAACAGAAUAUGGGAAUUUCAUGAAAAGUCCCGGCAUGUUUGAUGCUCGAUUUUUCAAUAUGUCUCCGCGGGAAGCCAUGCAGACAGAUCCUCAACAGAGAUUGGCCCUAGUAACUGCAUAUGAAGCACUAGAGAUGGCAGGAUACACGACGGAUGACUAUAAAGAUGUCAACGUUGUGCAAGAGAUUGACACGUACUACGUUUCUGGCAUCGUUCGUGCUUUUGGUCCUGGUCGAGUCUCUCGUGCGAACCAAUUUGGCGGUCCAAGUGUGAGCGUCGACACGGCUUGUGAUUCUAGUGCUACGGCAUUAAAUCUAGCUUGUGCAUCAAUUUGGAGCAACGAGUGCGACACAGCCGUUGUUGGGGGCAUGAUGCUUCUCAAUAGCCCUGAUAUGUACGCCGGACUCUCCCGCGGGCACUUUGUCUCGAGUGAUGGGCCAUGCAAAACGUUUGACGACGAAGCGAAUGGCUAUUGUCGCGGUGAAGCGGUCGCAAGUGUUGUACUCAAGCGCCUUGAUGCUGCCACGGCUGAUAAUGACAAUAUCCUUGGUGUCAUCCAAGCAUCAGCCACAAACUAUUCAGCAUAUGCAGCAUCAAUCACCCAGUCUCACGCUGGAGCACAGGAAACAUUGUUCCGAAAGGGUUUGUCUCAAGCAGGCGUUCAGCCUGAGCAUGUCGAUUAUGUUGAACUUCACGGGACAGGCACACAACUGGGAGAUUCCGUCGAGAUGGCAUCUAUAUUGAAUGUUUUGGCUCCUGAGUCCAACUCUGGUGCGAGAAGAAACCCACUUUACGUCGGCUCAAUCAAGGCAAACAUUGGCCAUGGAGAAUCAGCCUCUGGGAUAUCAGCUUUAAUUAAAUGUUUACUGCUAUUCCAGAAGCAGCAGAUCCCACCACACAUUGGCGUCAAGAGCGGUCGAAUCAACCGCACUUUUCCACCCUUGGAACAGAGAGGGGUCAGAAUUACGGACAAGCUCAUCCCAUUUUCUAAGGUAUCUGGUCGAAAGAGAAGAAUCAUGAUCAAUAAUUUCGGAGCGGCGGGCGGGAAUUCGAGCUUUCUCCUCGCAGAAGGCGGCUCUAACUCCGAUCCUCCGAUCUCAACCUCACCGCAGCGCGAUCAUGUGUUGAGCGUGACCGUGAAGACUGAAUCAUCUCUUCUGGGGAAUCUGGUGAAUUUGGCUGAUUACCUCGAUAAAUAUCCUAAUACUUUGAUCGAGGAUAUCGCCUAUACGACCACUGCACGAAGGGUGCAACACCCGCUGCGGGUCUCUAUCGUUGCUUCAACCAUCACGCAGGCCAAGCAGGCCUUACGCGCGACAUCCAAACGCCAAGCCCUCAAACCCUCCAGCAAAUCACAGAAUCUGGUGUUUGUCUUCACUGGCCAGGGUUCUCUCUCAUCAAACGUCGGGAAGAAACUUUUCGAAUCCAACCACACCUUCCGAUCAUACCUAAUAACACUCGAGCACAUCGCUAUUGAUCACGGAUUUCCCUCUUUUGUGCAAGAGAUUGUCAAUGGACAAGAGGAAUUUGAUAAACUCACCCCAGUUCAAACUCAACUGUGCCAUGUAGCCAUUCAAAUGGCGCUGGUCAAACUGUGGCUGUCAUGGAACAUUAAGCCUUCUUCCGUGAUUGGGCAUAGUCUAGGAGAAUAUGCUGCCUUGUUUGCCGCCGGUGCUUUGUCUGCAAGUGAUACGCUGUAUCUUGUUGGUCGACGCGCAACCCUUCUACAAAAGCUGUGCACCUCUUCCACCCACAAGAUGCUGGCCGUCAAGCUAACCUUAAGCGAGGUUGAGAGUAUUUUGAUUGAUCGAGUGCACAAUUAUGAGAUUUCCUGCCUAAACGGACCAUCAGAUAUUGUAAUCAGUGGUCUGACAGCCACCGUUCAAGAAGCGGAGAGGUUGCUCAAGACGAAUGGGAUACCGUGCACCAUGCUAAAUAUUCCAUAUGCCUUCCACUCCUCUCAGGUUGACCCGAUACUGGCAGAAUUCGAUAAAGAGAUCAUCUCAAUCCCGAUCUCCGGUUUGCGAAUUCCUCUUCAUUCAACAUUGCUUGGAACCACUGUCCAAGUCGGCGAUGAGAUAGAGCCAAGUUAUUUCACGCGCCAUGCACGAGAGCCAGUCCAACUUUCGAAAGCCCUUAGGUCUGCAAAGGAGGAUGGCGUAAUCAUAACCGAAUCCACAUUCCUGGAACUUGGCCCUCAUCCAGUCUGCCUAAACAUGAUUCGACCCACCCUUGAUUCUAGCAAUCGAUUCAUUUCGUCGCUUCAUCGAUCCGAAGACUGUCUUGCCACCAUCUCUAGAUCAUUGGCAGUUCUCAAUGACCUGGGAUUUUCACUUGACUGGACUGAAUACUACAACGCUUUCAAUUCCACUCCCAGACUGCUCAAUUUGCCAUCAUACGCUUUUGAUAAGAAAAACCAUUGGAUUCCGUAUCGGAACGACUGGCUCUUACAACGUCAUGGAAACAAUGUGCCCCUUUCGUCAGAAGAAGACUCCUUGAUUAUGUCAACAACAGUGCAGCGAGUAAUCUCUUCGGUUGUUCAGGGGUCAAAUGCCACUGUAACCUUCGAGUCAGAUCUGUCCGAUCCAUAUCUUCAUAAGCUAAUUGCAGGCCAUGUUCUGAAUGGAAUCGCGUUAUGUCCGUCUGGAGUUUUCGCAGACAUUGCUCUCACCGUGGCAGAUCACUUCCGAAGACAUUUCUCUUUCCCCUGCCCUGUGUCAGGGAUGAAUGUUGUUGAUUUGGACAUAAAGAGCCCCGUCGUAAUGCCAGUCACCAGACCUACGGAGAGCAAGAUGCUUCGCAUUUCAGCAGAAGCAAAUCUUGAAUCUGACACGGUAAAUAUGCGCAUAGAAGCCUCGGAUAAUUCAACCGGGGCUUCCCAGGUGCAUGCAACGUGCAAGGUUGUAUUUGGAGACACCGAUUCAUGGUCCCGUGCUUGGAAUAAAAAUGCUUAUCUGAUUCUCGAGAGAAUCCAAGAUCUCGAGUGCGGUCGAGGCACACUCCGAAGUCAAAUCUCUCACGAAAUGGUCUACAAGCUCUUCUCAAAUGUGGUCCAAUAUGACAGUUGCUAUCAAGGCAUGAAGGAGGUGAUUGUCGAUUCGGAAAAGUUGAAGCUGUGGUCUCACUGGGCCUUCAUCAAGCCAAUGACGCUGGAAAAUUCUAUUGCUGCCCUCUGUGGCUUGACAACUUGGCACAAAUCGCAGGCUCUUCCUUACCGCGCGCAUGUGAGGAUGUUGCCCGAAGACAAAACGGUCUUUGCCGGCGAUGUUUCGAUCUUCCAAGGAAACCGAAUGAUUGCUCGAUGUGGUGAUGUCAAGUUCAAGAGGAUUCCAGGGGCAGUGAUUGAAAGAAUCCUUUCCUCUUCAGUUCCCAGUCAAUCUCCAAUAUCGCAUACUGGAAAUGUGACAAGACACAAGGUGGUGGAGAAUAUCCCUAGCUCGGCCUCCAGACAACAACGAAGCGAAGCGUCAACUACUUCCAGUCUCAAGAAGCUGCUUGCUUCACAGAUUGGCAUCCCCGAAGAUGGACUUCUGGAUGACAGCACUUUUACUGAGCUUGGAGUAGACUCACUGCUGUCCAUGGACAAUCCUGCAACAAAUUCAAGCUUCACUCAAUCUGCAACUUCCGUCGUCUUGUUUUGGUGA